ACACGAAAGGACAUGGGGGGACUCGGGGGUGGGACAGGGGACACGAGGGGACACAGGGGAGCUCGGGGCACCGGGGUGACCGUGAACCACCUGAGUGCCGCCCUCCAGGUGGAGGUGACACCUGGGGACAGGCGCUGCGCGGGUGACCCGGCAUGGCGACACUGCCAGUCCCCCCGCGGGGCUGGCGACAGGGACCUUCCCGUGGGGACAGCGUGGCCACCACCGUGUGUGACACGGGGUGCCACCCUCAGCUCGCGGCUGUGACAUCCUGGCUGUCCCCUCCGUGCCUCCCUGUCACCGGGCGCUGCCCCCUCUGUGCCUGGCUGUCCCCCGCCCGUCCCCGUGUCCCUGUGUCGCGCGCUGCUGUCCCCGCUUGUCCCGCCCCAGGUGCCACCCCAGGUGCCACCUGUCCCCUCCGCCCCGCGCUCUGUCCCCGCCUGUCGCAGCCCCAAGUUCAAGGUUCAAACUCCACGCGGCCCUUCCCGGGAGCGCCGGCGACACGCGGGGACACCGGGGACCGGAGGGGACACGCCGGGAAUGGAGGGGACACACGGAGACCGCCGGGGACACGCGGGGACCGCCGGGGACACUCGGGGACCUGAUGUCCCCUCACUGCGUGGGGACAAUUCCCCGUCACCGACCGCACCGGGGGACACCGGCUCAGCCGUGUCCCUGGCGAGUCCCCCGGGCACGGAGCGCGGCCCCCGGGACCCCGCGGGGGACACGGAGCCCGACGGGGACAAAGUGUGCGCCGUGUGUGGCGACAGGGCCAACGGGUACCACUUCCACGUCAUGAGCUGCGAGGGCUGCAAGGGCUUCUUCAGGCGCUCCAUCAUCAAGGGUGUCCGCUUCACGUGUCCCCUGGCGCGGCGCUGCCCUGUCACCAAGGCCAAGCGGCGACAGUGCCAGGCCUGUCGCCUCCAGAAGUGCCUCGACGUGGGCAUGAGGAGGGACAUGAUCAUGUCGGAGGAGGCGCUGCGGCGGCGGCGGGAGCUGCGGGGACAGCGGGGACAGCGGGGACAGCGGGGACUGACGGCCGAGCAGCAGGAGCUCAUCGCGCUCCUCAUGGCCGCCCACCAGCGCACCUUCGACUCCAGCUUCUCGCAGUUCAUGCACUGCUGGCAGGUGAUCAAAUUCGCCAAGGAGAUCCCGGUGUUCAGGAGCUUGCCGCUGGACGCGCAGAUCUCGCUGCUGAAGGGCGCCACGCUGGGCAUCUGCCAGAUCCGCUUCAACACCGUCUUCAACGCCGCCACCAAGGCCUGGGAGUGCGGCCAGCGCUGCUACACCAUCCGCGACGGGGCCCUGGCCGGCUUCCAGCAGGUGUACCUGGAGCCGCUGCUCAAGUUCCACGAGAGCCUGCGGCGCCUGCGGCUGCACGAGGCCGAGUACGCCCUGCUGCAGGCCAUGCUGCUCUUCUCGCCAGACCACACCGGCAUCGCCCAGCGCGACGUCAUCGACCAGUUCCAGGAGAAGGUGGCCCUGACCCUCAAGAGCUACAUCGACCACCAGCACCCCCCCGAGGAGGGCAGGUUCCUGUACGCCAAGCUGCUGCUGCUGCUGACGGAGCUGCAGACGCUGAAGGUGGAGAACACGCGGCAGAUCCUGCACAUCCAGGACCUGUCGGCCAUGACGCCGCUGCUCUCCGAGAUCAUCAGCUGAGCACGGCCCCCCGUGUCACCCCCCGGUCCCCAAGUGUCACCCCCGGCCGCCACCGGGCACAGAGUAAAGCUCCUUUAUUUAUCCGGGCUCCCGGGUGUGUCACCGCAGGGAAACUGAGGCACGGCCGCCAUGGCGCUGGGGACAACGGGGACCACCCCCAGUGGCGGCAGCCACCCCCAGGAGGUGGCACUGGGGACAAAGGGACCCCCAGCCCUGUGGCCACCACCGGCAGCCCCCCUGUGGCGCUGUCACUCGCUGUCCCCAGCCCGCCGUGUCCCUGCUGUCCCUGUGGCACCUGCACGGCCUGGCCUGGCAGCUCCCUGAGCAGGACGGUGCCACACACCCACUGUGCCCCCUGUGCUGUCCCUGCUGU